CUGAAUAUAGAGCCUGUGUAUGAGCUGAGGGCACAUGCAUGUGUAGCAUAUCUGUGUUUAUCCCAUCUUUUAUAGUAAAGAGAGAAAAGAAAAAAAGAAAGCAAAUUUAAAAAAGCAUAAACAAAAAGAACAGGCAGAGAAGAAGGAGGCACAGAGAGAGGGAGAGUGAGAGAGAGAGAGAGCGAGAGCAAGCAAGCAACAGAGAAGGAUCUCCCUGUUUCAUGCGCAAAACAUCCCGCUACCACAUGCUGUGCUCCAUGGCCAACUCGGGCUGCCUUCUGCUGUCCAACUCCGGGAUGCUGCCUCACUCUCUUCAGUGUCCCCCGGCAUUCCUCUACCUUCCUGAGGGUAACCAAGAGGCUACAGCCUCCCCAGAAGCGAUGGCACAGCCCUACCCCCCGGCCCAGUACCCCCCUCCCCCUCAGAACGGGAUCCCGGCGGAGUACGCCACGGCACACCCCCACACCACGCAGGACUACACGGGCCAGAACACGGUACCCGAGCACGCCAUGACCAUCUACACGCCAACGCAGACCCACUCAGAACAGCCUGGCACCAACACCAACACACCCUCUCUCACCGGCACAACAACAGUACCGCAGACAGAUGAUGUGGCGCAGACGGAGGGCUCACAGCAGCUACAGUCCACAGACCCUUUAGAGAAGCAGCAACCCAAACGGUUACAUGUCUCCAACAUCCCCUUCCGCUUCAGAGACCCUGACUUACGGCAAAUGUUUGGGCAAUUUGGGAAAAUUUUAGAUGUCGAAAUAAUUUUUAAUGAGCGGGGCUCCAAGGGCUUUGGCUUUGUAACUUUCGAAACAAGCGCAGACGCAGACCGCGCGCGGGAGAAACUAAACGGUACAAUCGUAGAGGGACGGAAAAUAGAGGUAAAUAAUGCAACAGCAAGAGUGAUGACGAACAAAAAGGUGGCAAACCCCUACACAAAUGCAAUUGCCAGCGAGGAUACAGAUUUUGCUGAGGAUUUCUCCAGGCUGCUCGGAGACAACAAGGAACAUACAUUCAUGACGUUGCCCCAUUCAAGUCAAGGUUGGAAGUUGAACCCAGUGAUGGGAGCUGUUUACGGCCCUGAGUUUUAUGCAGUAACUGGCUUCCCCUAUCCAACCACAGGGGCGGCAGUGGCAUACAGAGGAGCCCACUUAAGAGGCCGGGGGCGUGCAGUGUACAACACGUUCCGUGCCGCACCUCCCCCCCCGCCCAUCCCCACUUAUGGAGCAGUUGUUUAUCAAGAUGGAUUUUAUGGUGCAGAAAUUUAUGGUGGGUACGCAGCUUAUAGAUACGCUCAGCCAGCUACUGCCGCCACUGCAGCUGCCUACAGCGACAGUUAUGGUAGAGUCUAUGCAACAGCCGACCCCUAUCAUCACACAAUUGGACCAGCUGCCACAUACAGUGUUGGAACUAUGUAAAAAAACUAAACAAAAAAUAUGGAGCAGUGGACAUCGCCCAAAAGGUCUCUAAAAGAACAGAAACAAGAAAGUACAAGAAAAAUCCUUCUACCAAGGCUGAAAGACGGACGGAGCGAAGAUUAUGCAAGUACUGUGAUGAGAACAUGAAAAAAAUAACAUAAAAACAUGUUUAAAAGGUGUGGUGCAGGUUUACUUUCACGUGGGACAGCCUUGCUAGGAGGAGAAAGAAAGCACUGGGUCCUAACCCUAAAGUCAUAACUUUUUAUUUUUAUAAAAUAAACUUUUUUAAGUUUUAAAAGACUGGAGGAGGACCCCUUGAUCUGCAGAUCUACCACCCUGACAGGGCACAGACUAGACUAUUUCAAAAGGUAAUCCUUACAGACCUUAUAUAGUUAGGGUAUAGAUAGACAGACCUUACCUUCAUUCAUUCAUUCAUUCAUGUGAUGCCAAGAUCCUCUUUGCAAAUAUAACAACAACCUGGGCCUUUGCAUAAUCUGCACCUGUUUAUGGUGGAUAAGAAGGAAAGUUGAGUGUACUGAAGAGUAUUUGUGACGUUAUUCAUUCAUAGCUGUAUUGUAUUUAUUAGUCCACAGGGCUACAAGUGUUAACAUGUUUGCCAUACAGUAUUUUCAGAAAAUAUAAUUUCAUGCAAUAAUCUGUGUGCAAAUGUGAUUUUUUAAAAUUCAAUUAAAACACAUCAUUAAUGAUGAAUCAAAAUAAAAAUAGAUCCACAAACUUCCUAUACUCGUUUGUAAUUCCAAUAAGCACUGAUCUCAGAACCAGCAGCUCUAACUACUGAGCUGCCCACACUUCUUUAAAACACUUGCACAGCUUUGAGAGUCUUGGUGGUCCUUCCUAUACAGAGCAAUUAUGUAGACACCUCAAGCCUUUUGAAACCCGGCACAAGACAGUCAGAUACAACAUAGGAACUAACAGACCUGGGAAAAUAAUAUCAUCCAUUUCGGGAAAAUCCUUUAUUCCCUCGUGCAACCCCCAGCAAUUCUGCAUUUGCUAAGCAAUUUUGAGCUCCCAUUACUGUAUCCUUCUCGUACCAGCCACCUGCACUCCACCGGCAGCAGCGAUUGCAGUACCUGCUGGGAAAUAAUUACCUGCUAAUAUUUCUCCUCUCAGAGGACUCAACCUGUGGCAUCAGUUAAGUCAGACUGCAAGUUGAAAGACUGCGUACUGCCCCGGGAUUGAGAAUGAAGGCCUCACAUCGGCUUUGAUAUUGAAACCCAGAUUUGGCGUUUCUGAGAGACAGCUUUAACUUUCUAUAUUGUUGGCCCUUAGUAAAAACUCUUUUGAUGAGAAGGAAAAAGGCAAGAAUGUUUCCAAGUUGUAUUUAAAAUAUACAUAUACUUUUAAAGAUAAGUGGCUAAUAGAUUGUGAUAUUGCUGCCUCUGCUAUAGUCCUCAAAAAGGAACAGAUUUUACAAGCACUUACACCAGUUGGCAUCUUUUUUUUUUUUUCUUUUCUAAAUACAGGUGUUGGUAUGACUGGCCUCAGAUUUAAAUUAACAAAACAGAGCAGUAUGCCCGAUGUAUUCCGAGAGACUAAUGAGGUUUUUAUGAAAAAGGAACAAGGUUGGAAAUGAAAAGCGUGAUGUUGGAAAGGAGAUAUAAUGUUCAACGACUGAAUUACACCCAAUAAAACCCAGUUUUCCUUUGUUACAACUCCACCAGGUAUAAAAUGAAAAUCCCAUGUUAGUUUUAAAACAGUAAAGAACAUAAGAAGCACCACAUGCAUCCCGGUAAUGUUACUGAUGUGCUUAGAGAAUCAGAUUUGUUUUUUGGCAAAGGUAAAUUUUUGCUGAAUGAUGAAAUAAGAGAAAGCCUGGAAUUUCAAAAGAGGUUUCGAUUUUCAGUCCUGAAUAAUAGGUGUUAGAAACAUGUUUACAUACAUUACAUUUCAUUUGCUGUGGAAUGCAAUUAAAACACUAAUACUUUAUGUAAAUUGUAUAUUUUUUUGUAUUUAAACAGUAAACUAUAAAGACUAUACAUGGUACAUUUUAAUACGGUAUACUGUGACCCAUUCAGUAAAAGAUAGGAAUGUGCAUGUCUGAGCCAGUUUCUCUUGUUCUGUUCUUCAUGAGACAUUGUUUAAAGAGUGCAUCAUUUCAAAUGCUGUUUCAUUGUGUAUUUCUUUUUUUACCCAUGCCUUUACUUUUUGUAUGCUGUUCUUGAAAUCAUUGUUUUUCUCCAACAUUGUCAUGGUCUCCCUGAAUUGCAGCUGGCUUUCAGCUAUGUGCACUGAGCCCUAUGGAAUGUUAGCUGUCUGUGUGUUGUGUUUGAUUCCUUCAUUCCAGUCAUGUGAGACUGUGAUCUGUGCCUCUGCUGACUGCACCUGUUCUUAAGUAUACAAUUGAAAACAUCAUAAAAAAGGGGAAGGAGAAAGUAGAAAUACAGGGAAACAAUGACAAAUAUUUUUUAAAAAGGUUUAACAAAUGUUUUACCUUUGCACAUUCUUAUCUUUUAGUGAAUAUGGCCCUUUAUACACAAAGUUCUGUUUGAAAGAUGCACCCACCCCUUGUUAUAUCGCCCCUUGCUAUACUGCGGAUUCGGAUAUAUCGCGGUCCUGGAGUUGGCUCCCCAUUUUUACUGUCUUAACUGCGCAUGCCUUAGUUGCACUAUACAUAAACAAUUUCACUUAGAAUUACUGUUCAUUUUAUUUUGUACUGCACAACACAAACAAAAAUAUAUAAAAAUUAAAAACAAAGCAUUAAUAUCAUACUCUUAUCAUAUUCGUUCAAUGCAGCAGGUUUGGGCAUUUGAGAAAGGAGAGGAAGAUUCAUGAAAUUAAUUGGAGACUUUAGUUGAUUCGAAUGAAUUCCCCUCCGCAGUACAAAUUAAAACGGUGUGCUGCUUUUUAUACGGAAAAUGAGAAAAAGCGGGUUGCGUAGAGGAUUUAUAUUGGACCCGAUAAAACGAGGGAGUGAUUGUACAGUAUUUGUUAUUGGCCUAUUUGUUUUUCUAUGGCUCUCUCGCUGUAUCGCAGCCCUCGAUAUAUAGCGGAUUUGUAUUGGACCCCAACACCCACGAUAUAUCGAGUGGAAGGUGUAUUUAAAAUGGAGGCUGUCCCACCUUUACUUUUACCACCCUCCCCCUCCUGUGGUUUGACUAACAGGCUGUCCUCCCAGAAAGAAGCCCGUCCCACACUGUCUGUGUGCUUAUUGAUAAAGACUCAUUUUUGUAUUCCCACUGUACAUAAUCCCUCCCUCUGUACCCCCUUCCUUAAACCUGUAUUAUAGAACAUUUCCAUGUGCUUUACUGUCCCUGCGCAAAAAAAGUUUAUAAUUCUCUCAUUUUUGCAAUUGUUCCAAUUAAAAAAAUAUAUAAUACAUUAACAAAAUAACUAUUCCUCCUCUUCCAGAACUGUAUUGUAAAACUCCUUUCUUUCUCAUUCUGUAUGCUUCUAAUGUGCUUCAGAAGAACAGUACUAUUUAUUAUAAAGUUAUUAUUAUUGAUUAUUAAUAAACAUUUCUUUCUUCAA